AGGGAAGCUAUUACAAUUGAAAGGAAAUCAGUUUUAUUUAGGUUGCCGUCGAAAUGAUUAGACUACUACACCGAGAGUACACACAUUGUAACUGUUAAAACGAAGAUUGAAAGGCUUUCUUUUUUUAAAAUUUAAAUCUCUACUUUUUUAAAAUGUCCGCUCCAACAGAAAUGGAAAAAGCUCACGAACCAAGAGAUGUUGACGUUUCUGCAGCAGGGAGAGGCGUGUGGCUCGUUAAAGUACCCAAGUAUUUAUCUGAACAGUGGAAACUUUGCCCAAAAGGAACUGAUGUUGGAAAAUUAAAAAUCUCAAAAACAAAAACCUCUAGUAAGGGUCCAGAUAUUGUGUUCACCAGUUUUGAUGUAUCACAUAAUGCAACCACUGGUCAAGAGGGAGUUCCUAAAACAGCAUUUCCAAAGCCCCUUCAGGGUAUUGUUGGUUCAAGAAAUCAUCAGUUCAUUGUUUCAAAUGUUGGCAGUCAGAAUCUAGUAGUUAUGGCACAGUUGAGAACAGAUAUGACAGGCAAAGAACUUCCAGUUGAGAAAAUCAGUGUUGAAGGCAAAGUUUUACAAAGAGCAGAAUGCCAUCCUAUUGUUGAUGCCCAAUACAGACAGUUAAAGAAAGAUCAGGUUCAAGCCCAAAAUACUCCCCAGAGACAGAUCAAAUUAUUGCCUAACAUUGUCCAAUCAUAUAAGCCUGUCAGUGAUCACUUCAACAAUAUUGAAGAUAAAAAAACAAAGAAGGCUGAGAAACGAUCUCGGGCAGAGAAAGAGAAAGUGAUGGAUGUGCUGUUUAACGCCUUUGAAAAACACCAGUUUUACAAUGUAAAAGAUCUUGUCGGCAUUACCAAACAGCCAGUGCCUUACCUAAAAGAGAUACUAAAAGAGAUCUGCAACUACAACAUGACAGCACCACACAAAAACAUGUGGGAGCUGAAACCAGAGUUCCGACAUUACAAGCCAACAGACGAAGGAACAUCCUAGUCUUACCUGCGGUGAAAGUGUUUCUACAGAACAAGCAAGCGAAGCUUGGUUUAUAGUUACCUCUGAUGUUAACACUGACUCUGAAUGUGUCGGUAAAUGAAAUACAGAAGAGUUUAUUCUUAAUAAUCUUAAGAAUAACUUGUGAUGGGUAACUUGGAUUUUGUUAUGUAACCAGGUGGACCUAUGUGGUGAAUUUUUCUCAUCUCGCAAGCAAGAGAUAUCAGGUGUUUCAGGUAGCCAAAAAUUGUGCUACUAAACAUCACAUGAGAUAGUGUUGUCAAAAUGUGUAGGUUUAAAUUGUAUUUGUUUUAAUUUAAAGACAAGAUAAGGCUCCAGUUUCAAAUUAAAAUUUUAUUUUACUUCAAUUUUUUUUUGGUAAAUGCCAUUUGUGGAUCAACCUAUUUAUUUUGUGAAUUCGCUUUGGCUAAUUGACAUGAAUUUUACUUUCUCUGAAAUGUUUUAACUAUAUUUAUAAAAAUAAUCUCAACUUUC